AUGGAGUCCUUACCCUUUAGCGCCGAUGUCAUGCAGCUACUCGCGCUUCUUAUGCAAAACACUACCGAAUCUGAAAUAAAAGAAGUGCUGCAAGCAAAUGGUGAUGUCAUGCGAUUUGCGGUACCGAAUUGCACACCCGUAAAGCAUCAAUCCAUGGAAAAUAAAAAGGACGCAGCAGACGAUACCAAUAAAGGAAUGGAAAUUGAUAGUAAUGAUUAUAAAGAGGUCGAUUUUAUUGCUAUAUGUAAACUUGUACUCAUAGAGGGGGAGGAGAAAGAACGGGCGCAGUCGCGCGUGGUGGCCAUCACGGAUCUGAUGUUGCUCCUUCAGAAUUGGAAAGACAAUUCGGGAAGUGGAAAGGUGACAGCCCAGGACUCUUUAACCAAGGACGGCACCCGCAUGAUCCACGACUCCGAAAUGAUAAUGGUGAGCUGUAUACUUGUUAGUAAGCGCAGAAGAAGCACUCAAGCAAUUCCACUCAAUAUCGAGGAUCUUUAUAUCCAAUCCAUUGAUCCUCAACAUCCACUGGACGCCCUGCAAAGGUGGCUCCAACACAUCUACGAGCCGAUACUUCGGCACCAAAAGCGCCAGCAGAUGCUGUGGAAUCAAGUUCAGGAUCUACUGAGUGGUCUCCGUUCGAUGAAUCGUGUGCUGCCAGAUGUUGUGAUCAAACGUUUUGUGCCACAGGAUUUGAUCGAACUCUGCGCAACAAAUCCCAAUCUUGACGUUCCGCAACUAAUGGAUCGCCUUGGGGCGCUCGCACGGGAUACCAGCUAUAUUCGUCAGGCUCUAGAGGUGAGAAACCGCUGCAAAUCAGUUCUGCCACUAGCUGAUUUGCUUUCUGGUAGGCGCGUAGACGAUGAUGAGACAAAUAUCGGAAAAAUAUGGGGCGAUAACGUGGGUUUAGAAGAAAAUGAAGAUGCAGGUGUGAAUAGAUGGGUAGUGCAGGAAAAGUUGGCCUACUGGCGUCAUGUGUACCUGUGGAUCGAGGAUGUAGCGAAGCAGUUGCAGAGCCGCGAGUGGCGGCUCGUCCACAGGCUCAUAGGCAGUCGGGUUGAGACAAAUUUUGUUCUGGAAUACGCCGAGUACAGCAAGAAGGUUCGGGAAUAUAACAAGUAUCUCGAAAGUAUUCCUGAAAAGCAACUUGCGGAUGAAAACCUCACGCUCUCAGAGCUUGGCGGUCUUGCGGAGACCAUCUUCGCGGCUGUAAUGUCUCCGGAGAGUCGGUAUCCACCCAGGCUAACAGAAAAACUAUUGUAUGGCGUCAUCAACGAUAUCGCCACAUGUUGGGUGAGAUUGCUAGAAAAGGAGAACAUUAUCGACGUGGCCGAUACCAACAUGUCAGUCCACACCACACCCUCGGGAACGCGAAAGGGUGAAAGCGGGCUGCUUAUGGCAACGGCUGGAGACGCUCAUGACUAUCGAGACCAUAGUUGGAGUUCAACUACUAAGACAGCCACCUCCAGUCCAGUGAGCUCUCUUCAAACGCUUUCCAUGGCAAUGGAGCUGCUUGCGAUGUUUCAAAAACGCUUUAUCGAGAGCGACGCACAACUUCAAACUCAGAAGGGUGUCGUGUUAGGUGCCCGACAGAAGAAGGCUGAGCAUCCCCGACUGGCUGCGCUGUAUCGCCGCUGUCUCGAUGUUAGGGCACUCAUGGAGUACAACUUUACACUCUUAGAACAACUGCGCCAUGUCUUCAUUGAUAAUCUUCACCAGCUCCAUCCUUCUGAGGAUAAAAUAUCUAGCAGCGACAACAAAGUCACCGAUAGCAGCUGCUUUAGUAGGGUUAGUCGCAACAUCGGUGAUGAAUUUAUUAAGGGCAUUCGUGCGGCCUACAGGCAGUUUGUCCAGGAUACCCUUUACGAAAGUACAGGUCCAAAGGCCAGCGAAAAUAGCAGCUCUCCUGUUUCUGGAGUUCUGUGGCGUGUUAUCCCAUCUGCUCAACAGCGCUUCAACACCGCUGUAAAGACCUAUCAGGCCUACAUCGCGCAGUGUGACGAGCAGAUUGCUGAACUUGUGUCGAACUUUCUUUCAGCUGAGCAAUGUGUGAGUCUUAGUGCCACUUCAAACCACCGUUCAUUACAAGGCAAUGGAGGGGAGAGCAGUAGCCCCAACACGAAGCGUUUAACCACGGUGACAUCAAUAUCUCCUUCCUCCCUUUCCUCUACAUCGGCAAGGUGCUUCGGGCUUCACCUGUUUCGCAUAUUUGCAGAUUUCCGCUUCCUGAAGUUGGAAAAGGUGCAAAAAGUGGUUCGGGGCUACACGGCACCUCUGGGCGAGAAGAUGGCACUCCAUUUUAAGUAUAUUCAGGAAGAGUACAUCAACGUCAAGAUUGCCAAGCGAGAAGCUGGGUUCGCCGUAGCGCGCUAUCAUCUAUCUCCCCUCAUGGCGCAGAUCAUGUGGGAUCGACGCCUGGAUGAGGCUCUGCGUCAGUGUCUUGUGCGCUACGACUAUCUCUUGGAGAAUGGUUGGCAUCAGCUACUCAGUCUGCGCAACAUCGAGCACCUUUGGCGGCUAGACGAGCCCCUGGCAGAGUGUUUUGGGCUACUUCUGACAGACCUAGUCAUACCACAGAUGCAAGAGGGCUCUGUUGUGCAUGGAAGUGCGUAUGCCCUGGGCUAUCUUCAGCUCUUUCAUGCGCAAGAUGAGUUAGAGUGGUCAAUGGAUCCGCAUAUCGCAAAGGCUGAGCAGCUUGUACAAAACACAGACCCAUCGCUUCUACAGGUAGCCAAAGACCGUCUGCUUGCUGUGGGUGCUGGGUUCAAGAACCGUGACCGUCGAGGUGAAUCACAGAGCACCCGCAGCAUCUUAGUAACCAUAGAGAAGCGAAUAGAGGGGAAGUUGCUUUCCUGGUCUAAAAAGGUAUGUGAUCAGAUUAGCUCCUUCACGCUUAAUACCAGGUCUCAUGCUCUGCAAGACGUUCUCUUCAGAGUUGUUGAGUUGCCAAUGACAUCGUCUUCCUUGGUGCCCGCCAAUCAACUAGGGGCUGCCCCAAGCGUUGAGGCCUCUCCUGCACAUAGCAUUAGCGCUUCUUCUACCCCUCAGGGCAGUCCGGACAGACUGGCGAUGAUGGCUCGCAGCAACCCUAUGGGACGAAUGAACUCGGCACAUGUACCCAUUCUUCGCGCUCAAAACGCUGAGACAGGGUUGUCGCCGCAACCACCACAGCUGCAACUUGUUGUCGCUUUCCCGUGGGAGACCCUUACAAUAGGUGAGGAUCUUUGUUACAUCGAAGGCAGUCUUCGGUUGCGGCCUGACUCGCCAGGCGCCGCGACGAUUCAGGCCAACUUGGCCCACGUGCGUGAGUUUGUCAACGCCAACGAGGUACGCGGACGACUGGCAAAGUGCCUGGCUGAAAUUCUUAAUGUCUACUAUGUCACGGUACGCGGUGAAGAUGAGGCGAUCAUGAUGCUCGCCACGGAGUCGUACCGAGAAGUGAACGAAUGCUUUCAACGCGGGUUCACAUUGCGCUGGAUGGAUGACGCGGCGCUCCUGCACUAUGUCCAGCAGCUUUCAGAUCUCGUUUAUUCCUUCGCGCAGACUGUCCAGCAGGUGCGCGAGAAGACCGAAGUCGUUCUCCACAAAAUUAAAGCUUUACACACUCGCACCUUCCACCCUGAGGCCAUUGUCCAGCAGGUGCGUCAGAUUCGACAUAUUCUUGACACCCUUUCAAUGGGCUGUGAUUACGCCUAUAUGUGGAUUCACCGCACACAGCCGUUGCUUGAUGCGGCACUUCGGGAGCAGGUGAAGUUCUUACUCCACGGUUGGUCACUGGAUUUCCGUUCGAUGCGCUACGAUCUACGUUUUCUCGAUCGUAACACUGAGACAGUAGUCUUUCACCUUAAGCCACUACGCAUUCGCAUGCGUGUGACUCACAGGGAGAUCAGCCUGGAGACGCCCGCGGCGGCCUGGCGUUCGCACUGGAUCGCAGAACUCAACCGCUAUGUCACCUGGAUCAACGCUCUUCCGAGACUUUACGAUGAUGAUGACAUGAGAAUGGACGGUGCUGAGACGUCGUUACUCUAUACCCAAGAGAUUGCGUGGCUGGGCGUAGGGCGUGACACCGAUCGUGCGUAUUCGCAUAUCCUUGAGCGCAUGCCAGCCUACGUGCUGGAGGAACCACUUUCCUUGAUUGAGGAAUGCAUUGCAGACGCCAUUGUAGUGGAAAAUGAAUGGCGGCAGAGCCAGCAGUUUUUGAACCUUGAUGUUGGGGUCAUGCAGUAUCGCUUUGGGAACAGCCUGAAGAGGUGGAACGAGGCAAUCCUACUUAUCCGGCGCUUCACGCAUGAAAUGAUGGACUAUACGCAGCCUAACAAACUUCUCGGGGGGAUCGUCAUCGUAGCUGAAGAUGCACAAUUGGAGCUAGGCCGCAAAAUCGACCAAGCCAAUCUCUACAUGUAUAAUAAGUUCAGGGAUGUCCUGGAGGUAGAGCUAAGCCGCACCUUUCAAUGCAUUUCAAAGGAGAAAUCAAGAGCUGAGGCUCUCGAUGUUACGAGUGAUAUUAAAGAUGCCGCCGUUUUUCUCUGUGAGGUCCAGCGUAUCAAGAAGGAAAUGGAAGAAUAUAAAGCUACAAUUGGGCUUAUGGCAGAAGCCGAGGCAAAUUUGCAGCGUCUUAGCUACGUCUUUCCUGACCACUGGGUCCAUGUAUCUACCGUCAAGAAUGAGUACGACGCUCUUAAGGAUACGUUUGAACGCCGGCUUAAGGCCCUACAAUUCCGAAGGCCGUUCCUCAUGCAGUACGCUCAAGACUCUGCCAAAGAGCUGGAGGUAAAUAUGAAAAGUGUUGAGGGCAUAUUCGGCUCCUUGGAAAGUCAGACUGCCAAUCGGCCACCAACUGCUGCGCAGCAGAUCAUCACAAACUUGUACGAUCAUGCAACGCAACUCAAUGAGGAGGCGAAGCGUGUGUCAGCGAUUCAAGAGGCACUCGGCAUUAUUCCCAUUGACACGAGCAGUCUCACUCAGAUUCUGUCGGAAACAGAGCGCCUAAAGGAGCUGUGGGAUACCGUUUCAGUAGACUUUGCUAAGCUCGAUGCACUUGGGGCAACACCAUUUUUUGAGAUGGUACCUCGGCGUUUGCAAGAGACCUUACAAGCUCUAGAAGCUAAAGUAGAGGGCUACUCACGUCGUUUCCAUCACUACCAGGUGUAUCAGGACCUGUUGGGAAAGCUUAAGACCCUGUGUGGUCACCAUCGACUUAUGCAGGAUCUGCGGUCAGACUCUAUGAGUCCGUUAGAGCGUGCGCAUCGGCACUGGCUCUCACUCAAGCAGCAGCUCCACGUUCCGUGGGUGCUUGACAACCUCAUGGUGCGUGACAUUUGGGACAGCAACCCCGAAGUUAACGCAACGGUGUACCACGAAGUGCUGGAAACUGCUCAGGGCGAGCGACGCAUCGAGGUUCAACUGCACCAAAUAGAGGCCUACUGGUACGACUUUCGUUUCAGCCUUACACCGUACAAGACACACGUGGGCUUGGUGAAAGGGUGGGACGCAGUAUUCGAGAAACUUAUGGAUGAUCUUGCAACCUUUAGUGGGAUGCGUGCCAGUCCCUAUUUUUCUUCGCAGCAGGUUGUUGCCAUGACGAACGAAUCGGAAGGCCGCCUCAAUCGGUUGCGUGAGGUUCUUGAAACUCUCCUUGAGGUGCAAAAGCGAUGGGUCUACCUAGAUGGGAUCUUUACUGAAAAUUUUGAAAUACGGCAGCAAAUCCCACGUGACGCGAUGCAGUUCGAGCGCGCCAGCCGUGAGGCACAACAACUCUUCCCGCGAAUUCGAGCGGAUGGGGCGCUACCUGAUGUCAGGGCUCAGUUCUUCUUAGAAGACAAGAAGCUUCUCUCUACUUUGGAGCGGCUCCUGGGCCAGUUGACUGCCGUGCAACGUGCACUGACAGUAUAUCUAGACGCUCAGCGUGACCGCUUUCCACGCUUCUUCUUUCUCGGUGAUGAUGAUCUUCUUGAAAUUCUCGGCAAUAGCAAGGAUCCCUGCUUCCUUGGUAAGCAUCUACGAAAGAUGUUCACGGCGGUCGCAAACUUCUUGCUAGACGGCCCCAACGUUGCCACCUCUGAAACCCUUCGUGGGCUCACAAGCCUUUAUGGCGAGGAAGUUCUCUUCAAGUCACCUAUUGAGUUUAAAAUGAGGCCCAUAUCUGACUGGCUUAAUGACGCGCAAAACGGCAUGGUGGCUGCGCUACGCGAGAGCACCGCAAACGCCUUUGCGCAACUCCUACAACAAGGCGAGGUAACACUGGAGUGGCUCGCACUGUUUCCUACGCAAGCAGUAGCGCUGGCUGUGCAGCUCUGGUGGGUGCGUAUCCAAGAACAACUUUUCACCAACGACGACACCGUGGCGGCACCAAGACAUAGCACACCCGUGGAAGGCGCCGCAACGUCCACUGCUGCCGAAGCGAUGAACAAUGUUCUAGCGGUCAUGUCAGAUCACGUGCUGGGUGUCACACGUGUUAGGUCCAUGAGGCAUAAGUGCGAACAAGUCAUCACUCUCGGCGUGUACCAGCGUGACAUCUCCCGGACUUUGGCGUUGAAAAAUGUAACCUCCUCGAAGGACUUUGAAUGGGUGCGUAUUUUGCGACCGUACUUAGUACCCACGAAUUCCCACUCCUCGCCUAAUAAAGAAGAAACACAGGACGUAGAAUGUCGGAUGGCCAAUGCGGCGCUCUUACAUGGGUUUGAGUACACCGGCACCCAUGAACGACUUGUUCAAACCCUGCUAACUGAUAAAUGUUACCUAACCCUCAUGCAGGCGUUGCACUUACGACUGGGCGGCUCGCCUGUGGGGCCCGCUGGGACUGGUAAAACCGAAACCGUCAAGGCGCUUGGCAUGCAGCUGGGUCGUCACGUCUUGGUUUUUAACUGCGACGAUACGUUUGACUUUCAGGUCGUCAGCCGCAUUUUCCUUGGGUUGUGUCAGGUCGGCGCAUGGGGCUGCUUCGAUGAGUUUAACCGACUGGAGGAACGCAUCCUAUCGGCCCUGUCGCAACAGGUCCAGGUCAUUCAAGAAUCCUUGCGUGCACGAUCGAAGGAGAUAGAAUUGAAUAACUACCGCGUCCCGCUGCACGAAAAUGUGGGAAUAUUUAUCACGAUGAACCCGAGCUAUGCGGGACGCUCAAACUUGCCAGGAAAUCUCAAGCAACUUUUCCUUAACAUAACCAUGAUUGUGCCAGAUCGCGAAACGAUUGCUGAGGUGAUGCUCUUUGCACAGGGCUUUCACUCUGCGGAGAAUCUUUCAGCGAAGGUCGUGCCGCUGUUCCGACUCUUUGGGGAUCAAUUUUCGCGGCAAGACCACUACGAUUUUGGGCUCCGUGCGCUCAAAUCCGUCCUGGUAGCAGCGGGGGACCGCAAGCGUGCUACCACAUCCACUACGUCUCAACCACCAACACCCAAAUUGCGUGAGUUCUCCUCCACGCGCGAGGAAACUGAAGAGGAGCGUGAAUGCGCGCUAAUCUUAGAAAGCAUCAUCGCCAGCAUCGCGCCCAGGCUCGUGACAGACGAUGUGGCACUGUUCUAUCCGCUUCUGCGAGACUUCUUUCCAGAUCGUAUGCUCCCAGAUAUGCCGAUGAUCGAACUCCGUGCCGCGAUCCUGGAGGUCUGUGCAGCAAGCGGUUUAACUCCAGGCCCAGAGUGGGUCGAAAAGAUUUGUCAACUAUACCACACUAAGGAUACUCGGCAUGGUAUCAUGAUAGUUGGUCCGUGCGGCUCGGGGAAGACUAUGACCUGGAAAACGCUGAUGGCGGCCAUGGUUCGCACUAAUCGAUCACUAGAGGUGCAAGCUUACGUUAUCGAUCCCAAGGUAUUAACGAAGGCAGAACUCUUUGGUAGCCUUGACGUCACCACCCGAGAGUGGAAGGACGGUGUGUUCACAAGCAUCUUUCGAAAAAUUCUUGAAGUUGAGCAGCAAAUGAUCGAUCGGAAAACCCAGGCCAACGCGGAGGCAUCCAAAGGCGAUCCCAAUGAGACAGUCACCGCGAACGUGACAGAGGUUUCAACCAAGGAGUACUGGGUGAUCUUUGAUGGCGACGUGGACCCGGAAUGGGUCGAGAACCUCAACUCCGUUCUGGAUGACAACAAGGUUCUAACACUACCUAACUGCGAACGCUUGCCCCUGCCCUCGUCGAUGCGGAUCAUGUUUGAAACUCAGAGCCUUCGCUAUGCGACACCAGCGACGGUCUCGCGGUGCGGCAUGGUGUGGCUUGAAGGCGUCAUCUCGCUACCAAGCAUGCUCGACUUCGCCAAACAUCAGCUGGAGCGUAAACCUGUUGUCGAUUCUCGUGGCUGCCGUGUGCGGUGGUCGUUGGCAGAAGACAUGGUCGGUGUGGCAACAAACUAUUCCCAGCAGUCCACUAGCGACGCCGUCGUGGUAGGAUACCGCAGCAAGACCUUCCGUGCGUAUUUUAUGUCGUGCCCCAGUACCGCAUCAGACAAAAUUAUGGGUGACAAAAAGAGCCCCACCCUCCUGCAAGAGGUGUCGGCGGGUUCUACCAGCUCGUAUCAGAUCGGUGACGCAUCUAUGGAGGGUUGCCUAGAUACAAGUCUGGCUUCUGAGAUGCCGCAUUCUAUGCCAAACGAGCAGCAGGUGCCUCUGUGCCGCAACACACACCCUUCCUGUGAACGCAUCAAGCAAGCUAUGAUGAAGGUUUGGUGUAAAGCCUUUGAGGCAGAUGGGCUCAUUCACAAAGGCCUGAUGCUAGUUCUUGGAAACCCUGAAAACAGAGACGCUAGUAUCAUGCAGCCCAACGCACUUCAGAUGAUUGAAAGCAUCGCAGCAUUGCUCCUCGAGGGUGUUUGGCGGAUGUUUAGCGCGGAACAAAGGGGCGAAACGGUAAUCACAGAGUUGGUGCUCACGAGAAGCGCCAAGCAUAUACUCGAGUACGCGGUCUUCUGGGCCCUGGGCGCCUCCAUGAGCUACGCCCAUCGAAGCCAAUUGGCAGCGCAGCUGGGCCUUAGUCCACGCUUGGACGGCCAGCCUCGAGAUAUUUGCGAUCUCGAGGUAAGUUACUUCGAUGGUGAAUGGAAAGCAGUUCAGGACCGCAUUGGCCAAGUCGAGAUUUUGGCCGAGCAGGUCGGCAUUAACGACACUGUGAUCCCGACUAUUGAUACAUGUCGACACGAGAGCCUGCUUCAUGCGUGGCUGAGCGCCGGGCGCUCUGCCAUCCUCUGCGGGCCCCCAGGUUCAGGCAAGACAAUGUCCAUCACAUCUGUGCUCAACAGCUCUCCCGAAUACGAUGCGGUGUUUCUUAAUUUUUCAAGUGGCACCAGUGUGAAGACAGUACUCAAGUCUCUAGAACAGCACUGCCGCGUGCAAAACACUGCGCGGGGCUUCAUCAUGACGCCCGCCUCGGGCAAACGACUCCUUUUGUUUUGUGAUGAAAUUAACCUUCCACAGCUUAACCGGUACGGAAGUCAGGAGGUCUCACAGUUGCUUCGCCAAAUCAUUGAACGUGGCGGUUUUUAUCGCCCGAGCGACAACGUGUGGAUCACGAUGGAGGAUAUUCAGGUUGUGGGGGCCUGCAAUCCACCAACGGACGCGGGGCGUGUAGCACUAUCCCCUCGCCUCUUACGCUGGAUGCCGGUCUUAUUUGUCGACUUCCCGACACCGGAUUCUUUGUUGAACGUUUAUGGCACAUACUGUCGUGCGAUUCUCCGUCUUGGCAAGAAGCUGCAGGGCGAUUGUGCCACACAACUGGCCCGGGCCCUCGUCAACAUGUACGACCGCUCAAAAAAACAGUUCACGCCACAUCAGCAGCCGCACUACGUGUACUCACCACGUGAGCUCUCUCGGUGGGUACGUGCCAUCUACGAGGGGUUUUCCACCUGGGAGGAGGAGAGUCGAAGGAACAUGACGACGGAUAUGCUGGUUCGUUUGGCGCUCCAUGAGGGUCUCCGUGUCUUUUCCGAUCGCUUAGUUACCCAAGAGGAGCGCGAAUGGACGGAUGCUACGAUAAACGAGUGCUUUACGGAGGCAUUUGACGGUCUAGACGCCUCUGUCUACGAGCGGCCGAUUUUGUACUCCACACUGCUAUCCCGUACCUAUGCAGACAGUUCCCGAGAGGAUCUUCGCGCUUUCUUCCGCAAAAAAGUGUGUGUGUUUUGCGAAGAAGAAAUGUCGACACCGCUUGUUGUGCUUGAUACAGUCAUUGACCACAUCGUGCGCAUCGACCGAGUCCUAAGGCAGCCCCUUGGCCACGUUCUGCUUGCCGGCUCGUCUGGGGUCGGCAAGACCGUUAUCUCCCGUUUCGUCGCGUGGCUUGGUGGUUACUCCCCUUUUUGGCUCAAGGUCCACCGCAACUAUGAUCUUGAGGACUUUGAAGAAGACCUGCGUGGACUACUAUAUCGCGCCGGGUGCAAACGGGAGCGUAUUUGCUUUAUCUUUGACGAAUCAAACAUCAUGCAGCCCAGCUUUCUGGAAUACAUGAACGCGCUCCUGGCAUCCGGUGAGGUGCCUGGCCUCUUCGAAGGCGAUGAGUGGCCCAAGCUAGUGCAAAGCAUUCGCGACGCGACUACAACAACUAAUCAGAUCUAUCAUCAUGGCAGUUCCGGAAAAGGGACUGCGGUCGCCGGGACUGACGCGGCCGUGACCGCUGCCAGUUACAUUGAUACCACCAAUGAGCAAGACCUCUACCGGUGGUUUCUUCGUAACGUCAAGGAGCAACUUCACAUCGUCUUCACGCUCAACCCCUCUUCGAAUGGGCUUUCUUCGCGUGCCAUGGCCAGCCCUGCGCUCUUUAAUCGGUGUACGAUAGAUUGGUUUGGCGACUGGGAUGUGCCCACGUUAAGACAAAUUGGACAUGAGUGCAUUCAGGGGCUGAAGUUGUUGCCUGCCUGUGGCGGUGGUACGGAUGUGAAGGGCUUCCAAGAGGAGGAAGAUAUUCACCAGGCCGUUGUGCAAGCCUUCUGCGACAUUCACUACCUUACGCAAGAGGUCAAUGCAGUCUUACGAUCACGUCAAGAGAAUCAGGGCACCGUCAUCACGCCCCGCCACUUCACGCGCAUGAUCUCGAGCUUUGUCAAGCUCCUCGAGGAAAAGCAAAACGCUUCAUCGGAACAGCUGCAGCAUCUCACCGGUGGCCUUCACAAGUUGAGCGAAACAUCCGACGAUGUCGCCGCGCAGCAGCGAGAGCUGCUUGAAAAUGAAAAGCGAAUGGAAGAGAGCAGCAAGGCUGCCCAAGCUAUGCUUGAGCGUAUUAUCACUGAAACCGAUGUGACUCAGAAAGAAAAAGCCGCCGCUGAAAAGAUGCGAAAGCAGUUACAGGAGGAGCAGGUAAGUAUCGAUCAAAAUGCAAUGAAGAUGGACCUUGACCUCCAAAAAGCAGAGCCAGCCCUUCAGAAUGCCGAAGCAGCAUUGAAAACUGUCAAGACAGAGCAUCUUCGUGAGAUUCGUGCCUACACCACGCCACCACCGAUGGUCAAACGCACUCUUGAAGCAGUCUGCGCCUUGAUGAAUGUAAGCAAUAGCGAAGAAUGGGAUGUAAUCAAGGCCUAUAUACGUCGCGAGGACUUUCUGUCGAGCGUCAUGUCGUUCAAGUCAGAACGAAUUACGGACGCCUCGCGUAAUCGGGUUUCAUCCCUGAUGAAUGAUAGCAAGUUCACAGUUGAGGCCGCGUACCAUGCCUCAAAGGCUGCGGGGCCACUUUUGCAGUGGGUUGUUGCUCAGCUUCAGUACUUCGAAGCUCUUAAACGUGUGGCGCCCAUUCGAAACGAGAUAUCCAAACUUGUCGCAGAGCGGAGCACCAAAGUUACUGCGCUAGAGAGAAUCGAGGUUGAAAUUGGGGAGAAGGAGGCCUUACUGCUGCAGCUCAAGGAAGGUUACCGAAACACAACGGAAGAGAUUGCCGAGCUUAAGAAGAACAUUUCAGUGGUCUCGGCGAAGUGUGAGCGCGCCAACACCAUCCUCGGGCAAUUGCUUGAGGAACGUAGCCGGUGGGAGCAAGAGGUGUCUAAUUUUGGUCGCGAAGCCCGUACCACUCUUGGCGAUUGCAUCGUCUCCGCUGCGUUUCUCGUUUAUAUUGGUUUCUUUGUCGAAUCCGUCCGCCGGCAGAUUUUACUGCCGCGUUGGAUGGAGGAAGUAGGAAUUACAAACGCCAUCCCCGUCCGGGCACACCUGAGCGUGACGGAUUACCUGGUCUCUCCCGUGGAUCGCCUGCGAUGGGAGGAAAGUGGCCUGUCCAAGGAUCUCCUCUGCAUCGAGAACGCGGUGGUCAUGGAACGUUGUCAGAAUCACUAUCCACUGAUCAUCGACCCGGCAAGUUCGAUGAUUCCGUUCCUGAAGCAGUACUACGCGAAGCAGAACAUCACCAACGCAAGCUUUGGCAGGCCUGGGUAUCUGAAACAGCUGGAGAUGGCGAUGCGGUUUGGCUACCCGAUCAUCCUGGAGGACGCCGAGCUCCUCGACCCGGCAGUAUCGCCGCUGCUGAAUCAGGAGUUUCGGCGUCUCGGCGGGCGCGUCCUCACACGGGUUGGGGCCCAGGACGUGGAUCUGGCCCCGACCUUCCGACUUUUCCUCGUCACUCGGGAUCCCGAUUUUCAGACUAAAGUAAGCCUCGCGGGGCAGGUUAGCAUGAUCAACUUCACCGUAACACCCUCGCUGCUGCAGUCGCAGUGCCUUCACCAGAUCCUACUGCACGAGCGACGCGAUGUCGAUGCCAAGCGCACGGAGCUUCUCAGUCUUCAGGGCUCCUACACCCUCAAGCUGCGGGUGCUGGAGCAGAAGCUUCUGACCUCUAUCGCUGAGUCGCAGGGCAGUCUUCUGGAAAAUGACGUAUUGAUUGAAUCCCUAGCUCAGCUCAAGCAUGAGGCGGCGCGGAUUAAGGACGGUCUUGAAGACAGCGAGUCGGCUUUGGCAGCUAUGGAGCGUGUGGAAGCUCGCUAUCGCCCGGUCGCAGCGAUUGCAUCCCAUAUCUUCUUCGGGCUCAAACGUUUCAACGAGCUUAGCCACUUUUAUCGGUACAACGAACGCUUUCUCUUUCGCGUGAUCGACGAUUCGCUAGAAGCAUUGCCCAAAAAACCCGACACCCUUCCGUCCAACUCGGUGGAUGACCCCCAGUCCAGCAUGAGGGACGCGCAGCAAGACAAGCAGGACCUGUCGCAGGAUACAGAGACGAUGGAGGAGCGCUCACGUAUUAACAUGCUCACCCGAAAUAUUUUCACACUCAUCCACCGCCGCGUUGUGCGAGGAAUGUUUCAAGAAGAUCAUCUCGUACUGGCCCUGCGGCUGGCCCAAAAUUGGAGCUCCAUGUACUCUGUGGGAGGAGGAGAUCCUAAUGCUGGUGGACCGUCGUACCGGGAGACCCCUUUUCACGAUACGCAGUCAGCAGGUGAUCGGGUUUCUUCUUCUUCAUUCAGCGAUAUAACUAAUUCCGAAUGGGACUGGCUUCUGGAGGGUCUGAAAGGGGGCUUACAUGUCGCCGAAACAGUUUCCCCACCAUCUUCGACAGAAGAUGCCACGUCCUUGCCUUUGCCAGGUGUAUUGACGCGGAAUGGAGUGCUUGAGCCUGGAUCACAAAAUCGUGUCGCACUGCACCAAUUACUCGAAAAAACGGCCUUUUUGGAAAUUCGGGACUCAAUGGAAAGCUGUGCUUCUGCCUGGGAAACCUUUUUCAACUCCCGGGACCCGAUUGACGAGCUUGACCAGCUUCCCGCGACGUGCUUUCCGUGUGGCGUCACACCUGUUCGCAAACUGUUUCUGGUCACCCUUCUCCUAUUGUAUGUCCGUCGAGACCACUUUUUGUCCGCUGCCGGCAAAUUACUCCGUGCGUUUUUCCGAGACGAUGAUGGCGACUGUGCGGUGGGUAGCUUCUUCUCGCACAUAACGCAUAGCAUCCCUGAGGUUCUACCGGAGCUUUCGUCUUCGACGCCACUUGUCUUGAUCACCGAUGCUAGCUACGACCCCUCUGCGCGAGUUGAACAAGCUGCUCAAGACGCAGGCAUACCACUACGUGUUGUGGCCAUGGGUAGCGGCGAAAGCACGGUAUGCGCCGAUCGCUACCUAGAAGAGGGCUCCAAGAUGGGAUGUUGGGUGCUCCUUAAAAAUAUGCACCUCGCACGCACCUACAUGGAUUCAGUGGAAAGGUAUCUACAUCACCAAGAGUCCACAACGACUAUAAAUCCCAAUUUCCGAUUGUUUCUGACAAUCGAGCGCGGCCCACGUGAAACCGCGGGUCAUGCGGUUGGGAUGGAUGCAUCUGCCCCCACCGAAGGUGGCAGCUCACUAGCGGGACCUGGAGGCAGUGGUGAAAAGCGAAAGCAAAGAGAUACAAUAUCCGUUAGCUUUUUGGAGAAGGCCGUCACGAUGGUGUACGAGGCACCACCGGGGAUUAAAUCGGCGCUAUUGCAGACCUACGGCACACUUGGAAGCACGACAACGGCAGAAAGCACAUCGACAGCAAGGACCGCUGCCAUUGGGAUCAUGUCUGCCGCAGUGUGUUCGGCUCAGGGCACGCGAAUUGAGCGCCUCUACUUGGCCGCGGCAUGGUUGCACGCGGUGAUUGUCGAGCGAGUUUCCUACGUCCCCUUGGGCUGGAGCCAGACGUACGAAUACAGCGAUGCAGAUUAUCUGCGUGUGGUGCAAGCCAUCAUGGCGUGGUCCGAGGUGAGGGAGCCGUCUGAAACACGGGAGGCCGCUGGGCCUGCCUGCCCGAUUGUUUUUUGGAAUGCCUUACGCCGCAUUGUGGCAACCACCGUGUACGGCAGCCGAAUAUGCAACCCCUUUGAUGAGCAUGUCCUCAACAUUUUAUGUAACCGCGUGCUGGACCCUAGUGUGUUCGAUAAGGAUCACUGUUUUGUGCACCUGCCUGGCGGUCGGAGCGGGGCUCACCAGACCUCCUUACUGCCGCCGCUACCUCCACAGGCGUGGUCGCGAGACGAUUUGCUAGAAUGGAUCGCGUCGUUACCGGAAGGGAAUGGAAAUCCACAGUGGUUAGGGUUACCCAGCGGAGUCGCCCGCAUGGCGGCCUCCCGUCGAGCCUUGGAAACGAUCCAACGACUCGUUACUGUGCAAACGGUGCUCCGUGAAGAUGUCCACGGGGCUCCCUCUGCCCCGAGUCCGCUCCAUCCGCGUGCGGGUGGGGCCGUGGGGAAGAAAAACAAACGUGGAGCCCCUGCCCAGGCCACUCCGCCCUAUCCCACCUCCGUGAGUGUCGUCACGGGCACCGAAUGGCAAAGCAAGCUACGAGGGUUCUGCGAGGUCUGGCAUCCGAUCCUAUGCCGGGAGCUGGAAAAGCUAGGGCAGCAUAGUUUUGUGGUCAACGCCUUGGAAUCGGCGGACGUGGCGCAGUCCGAAGAGCAGCAUCUGAUGGGGAUCGCGAAGAGCGCGACGCAUGCGCGGAAUGUGGGGUCGAAGGCAUCUCCUGCCCCUCCCUCCAUGACGGCGGCAUCCCCUCUCAUGCUGGCCGUGCAACGCGAAGCGGUAGCCUUGGUUACCCUACUCCGCCACGUGGAAAGCGACUUGUACGAACUGGGGAAGGUGUGCUCGGGGGAACACGUGUUUAACUCGGCGCGUCGUUUGCUUGUUGAGGAGAUCGUCAAGGAUCGUGUGCCCGCCACAUGGUCCAGUUAUGCCUCCAUUACCAAAGCAAUUCUACUCGUCUCGCCAUGGCUCACCGAUGUCCAGUCCCGAGCGCAACAUCUGCUCACACUCGUUUCGGCGACCGCUGAAAACAAACUUCACGAGAUGCCCAUCUCACUGGGGUUGCUUUUCUCCCCAGAUGCAUUUUUGAUGGCAUCCAAGCAGCAGUAUGCGCGAGAAAUGAAGUGCCCAUUGGAGCAACUUCACUCAAAAGUCGAAUUCAUGGCUGAAAAGACUUCAUGGAGGGACACACCAUCUGAAACUAAGGGGGUAGCAAACGGCGCGCUCUACUUCACUGGGGUGACGCUGUUUUCAGCCUUCAUUAAUGAGCAAGGUUUGGGCGAGCUGGUGCAGCAGCAAACCUCAGGCGAGUCCACGGUGCCCUUGGCGCUGAUGCCAUUGCUGACUUCAGUGGCGUUGCGGUGGACCUGGGCGCCCAAAAAUCAAUCUGUUGCGUCUCAAGCUGUAGGUGGGUCGCUCGCUACGCAGUUAGCCUCGCAACAGCCCCUUCAGAGCCACGUCAUGAUCCCACUCUACGCGACACACCAGCGCAGUGAAAUACUGGAAGUGGUGGAUAUGCCAAUCGUGUCUAAUGGCGAGCUAAAUAAGUGGUAUGAAAGUGGAGUAUGUUUGACUGCAUGGAAGCCGAACGAAUAG